GGGCGGGGCUUGGACUGUCGUCCUGGCAACGCCGGCCAAGUGGUGAGGGGACCGCCCUCCCGGCUCUGCUCUGCGCUGCGCGCCGCAGCCCGGCGGCCUGCAGGCGGAAAUCCUGAGAGUCCGUCCUGGAGUGGGCGCCUGCCCAGCGCCUCGUCAGCCCGGCUAGCACCCUGUAAGGACUGCCAGGCCAUAAUGAAGGUUCUUUUGCUGAAAGACCCCAAGGAGGACGACUGUGGCCAGGACCCCUACGUCAGGGAGCUGGGAUUAUAUGGGCUCGAAGCCACCUUGAUCCCUGUUUUAUCGUUUGAGUUUCUGUGUCUCCCCGGUCUGUCGGAGAAGCUGUCUCAUCCCGAAGGUUACGGGGGACUCAUUUUCACCAGCCCCAGAGCGGUGGAAGCCGUGGAGCGGUGUUUGCAGAAAGACACUAAAGCUGAAGUCUGGAAGAGGUCUCUGAAAGAAAAAUGGAAUGCUAAGUCGGUAUAUGUGGUGGGACAUGCUACUGCUUCUCUAGUGAACAGAAUUGGCCUGCGUACAGAAGGAGAAACCUGUGGAAAUGCAGGGAAGCUUGCAGAAUACAUUUGCUCCAGGGAGUCAUCAGCACUGCCUCUUCUGUUUCCCUGCGGAACCCUCAAGAGAGAGAUCCUGCCACAAAUGCUCAAGGACAAAGGGAUCCCCUUGGAGAGCAUAACCGUCUACCAGACUAUUCCGCACCCAGAGAUCCAGGGGAACCUCACCAGCUACUACACCCAGCAGGGUGUUCCCGACAGCAUCACAUUUUUCAGUCCCUCUGGCCUGACACACAGUCUCAAGCAUAUUCAAGAGUUAUCUGGUGACAGCAUUGGCCAAAUUAAGUUCGUGGCCAUCGGCCCCACCACAGCCCACGCCCUGGCCGCGCGGGGCCUGCCUGUGAGCUGCACCGCGGAGAGCCCCACACCACACGCCCUGGCCGCCGGCAUCAGGACGGCGCUCCAGCCCCAUGCGUGCUGAGUGCAAGGCCCUGGCGCCCUCCCCGGGCUGGGUUGCUGCCUCCAAGUAGAGCCAGGCAUUGGCAGGGGCUCCCGGGAGUCCGCCACCCUCAUCCUCCUGCCCCUGCCCAAGGAGAACAACCCCUGCUCCCCGCCCAGCACCAGGGACUGGACAGGCCGUGGGGCCGGCAUCAGGCCCGCAGGCACCUGGCGUCCCCCCAGGGUGGCCAGCGCGGACCCUCGCCCGGCGCACACGGCUCCUCCGCGGCAGGAAGGAAGCCAAAUAAAGCUCACUGGCCACUCAGGCCGACCAUGUGUUCUUGUCACUUGCUGUGUUUGGGGAAGAAGCAGAUACGCCCUCGUGCUGAGAACUGACAAAGCUGGCGUGAAGAAUAAAGCUC